CCGAACCAUCCAUAUGCAUACAUAUAUACAAACAGGUACCUUCCGCUGGCUCCCCUCCCGCCCUGUAAAAAUAAACACAUGCCAUCGGCGUCCGGCAGAAGCCUUCAAGGCCCCAGGCCUCACCCCCUCAAAAUUUCAAAAGACUCAUGGAAGGCCGGCAAAUCCCCUUCGGUGAUCGCCGGCGAUGGCGGCUCUCGACAAUCUCCGAUGAUAACCUACCUCCACUCCCCAAAGGUAAUCCACGCGAAGCCGCAGGAGUUCAUGAGCUUGGUGCAGCAGCUCACUGGAAAGCACGCCAGCGAGUUGCAGAGAGCUCCGGGGAGCGGCGGAGGAUCCGGGUUGGAUUUGGAGAAGGAGAUGGAGGAAAAGAGGGAAUUCGUUGAAGAAGAUCCUCUGCUGCUUACUUUAGGACAGAGCCCCUCUGCUUCGGCUUGGAUUUCGGCUUCUUCAUCGAUGGUGUCGCCGGGCUUGUUCUUAUCUUCUCCCAAUUUGAAUUCUUGUUUGCAGGAGUUUGGUUCUUCGUUUUAAUUUGAGUUUUUGUUGGGUUAUGAUGCCAUAGAUAGUAAAAUAUGAAGCUUUUAUAAAUUAUAUUUAGAAGUUGGGAUUAAUGGAGGUCAGGGUUACAGCAACUGAUUGUAGAAAAAUAAAUUU